AUGCGUGUCUUCAUCACCGGCGUCUCUGGCUUCAUCGGCACGGCAGUAACCAAAGAUCUCAUCACCCACGGCCACGAAGUCAUCGGCCUCGCCCGCAACGAUGCCUCCGCCGACAAAAUCACAAAGCUUGGCGGCACACCUCACAAAGGCGACCUCUUCGACCUCGAAAGCUUGAAAGCAGGAGCAGCAUCCACCGACGCAGUGAUCCACCCCGCUUUCGUCCACGGCUUCAGCUCCCCCGACAUCGUAACCAAAAACUGUGCCACAGACCGCGCCGCCAUCUCAGCCAUGGGCGAGGCCAUCGCCGGUACUGGCAAGGCUCUGAUCAUCGCAAGCGGUACUCUGGGACUCGCUGAACCAGAUGGGAAGCCUGCGACAGAAGACACACCUGGAGCGAGAGGAUCAGGUUUCUCUGAGAGGACUUUGUCCGCGGAUCUCGUUCAGACUCUUAGUAAAGAUCAAAACAUCCGUGGUCGCGGUGGCUUCUUGCAUAUCCUCCCGCCAAUCUUCCGCCAAGCUGGCUUUGCGGGAUACAUUGGCGAUGGCAACAAUGUGUGGCCGGCGGUUCAUAAUCAGGAUAUUGCGGUCUUGUUCCGGCUUGCGUUGGAAACGGGGAAGGUGGGGGCUAUAUAUCAUGGCACGGUUGAGGAGGCUGUGAAGACGGGGGAUUUUGUGGAAGCUAUUGGGAAGAAGAUGCAGCUGCCUGUUGAGAGCAAGAAUGGUGAGGAACCGAGUGUGCUGGGGUUUGCGGCGAUGGUACUGGCUAUGGAUGAUCCGACUUCGAGUGUGAAGACGCAGAGAGAGCUGGGGUGGAAGCUGGUGCAUAGGGGGUUGUUGGCGGAGAUUGAGGCGGGGGAGAUUGAGGAAGUAGAUCCACAGACACAGUAG